AUGGGAUCCAACGUUGAGCUGGUAUGGCCAGAGUCAGAGGCAUAUUCCUCACGGGUGAACAACUGCUCACAUGCAAAUUCAUCCCUAGCUGUAAUUCGAGCGAAGUUGAGUGCCGAACAAUUAGAACAAUUUAAGACAUCAUGCUUUGGCCAUCUUCUGAAUAUAGAUAAGAUUCAGUUUAGCGGGCAGAUUGUGCAUGGGGUUGUGUUGCGUAGAGUAGCGGGGCAGGGUGUGAAAGACUUGGAUGGACUGAGUUUCUUAAUAGGGUGCGACGUUGCUCAGUUCACUCGUCAGGAUUUCUGUUUGAUCUCAAGGCUUCGUUUUGGGGAAGUGCCUGAAGUUUCCAGUGGAGAAAGUGAUGAAAUUAGACUUCAGAAAAGAUAUUUUAUAGACGAAGGAAUUACAUGUAAUGCUUUAGAAGAAGCAUUUGUGAGGUGCACAGAGGAAGAUGACGUCUACAAGCUAGCUCUUGUUUACUUUGCUGAGUUAGUGGUUUUGGGAAGGGACAAACAUUUGAACAUCAAUCUAAAUUACCUGACCCUUGUAGAGGACUUGGAUGCGUUCAACAGGUUUCCAUGGGGUUCGGUGUCGUUUGACAAAACCCAAGACAGUCUGUUUUCUGCACCAAAAAAGGGAAGAGGGAAGGGGAAAUGUAAGGUAACCGGAACAAGCCGGAGAAAUGAGAAGGGCAAGAAGGAUAACCAUGGUGAAGUGCAAAGGGGUGGCUGGAGUUUUAAAGGUUUCACGUAUGCUUUCCAGAUUUGGGUAUAUGAAUUAAUUCCUAGAAUGGCGGACCUGAAUUACUGCAAGGUUGUUGAUCCGACAGCUCUCCCGCGUAUUUUGCGAUGGAGAACUACUACGUCUGUUCCCGAGAUGAGAAAGUUGAACAAUUAUUUUUUCCAGGGCAAAGAGUCAGUUCAGUUGCGGGCGCUAUGUCCAAGUGAAGAGGAAAUGAGACAACCAUAUUGGAGUUGGCCACAGGGUCGCCCUGCUGUUGUCUCGGCAGAGUCAAUUCCUUCUUCAUGUGCUGACCUUGAUGAGUUGAACAAGGCGGUAAGCUUGUUGAGGUCCGAGUUGUUUCAAGUAAAGCGGGAAAAGGACGUCCUUGAGUUAAAGGUUAUACGGAUGGAAAAAAUUUUGGACCACUGUUUAGAUCCUCAUUUUGAGCAGGAAGUGAGAAGGGACAUAGCUUUACUGAAAGAGAGGACGAAUCGUUGUGUCGUGUCACAUCUAUUUAAGGGAUAUGAGGAAGUGGACGGCAUGCAAUGGGAUGAAGGGCCAAGUAAUAGAAAUGAAGGAGAGGAAAAUGAAGAGGAGGACAUUGAAGGGGGUGAAGGGCCAAAUAACAGAAAUGAGGGAGAGGACAAGGAAGAGGAGGGGAUUGAAAGGGGUGAAGGGGCAAGUAAGACAAAUGAGGGAGAGGAAAAGGAAGAGGAGGGGAUUGAAGGGGGUGAAGGGGCAAGUAAGACAAAUGAGGGAGAGGAAAAGGAAGAGGAGGGGAUUGAAGGGGGUGAAGUGCCAAGUAAGAGAAAUGAGGGAGAGGAAAAGGAAGAGGAGGGGAUUGAAGGGGGUGAAGUGCAAAGAAAACCAAGGGAGGUAGAGGAAGCUCAAAGGAAAAGAAGUGAGGGAGAGCAAGUAAAAAUAAAAAGCAGCAAAGGAGAGGAAGCGCAAAGAAAGAGCAUUGAGGGAGAGGAAGAACUGCAAAGAAAAAGCAGUGAGGGAGAGGAUCAGCAAAAAAAAAAGAAGGAAGGGCAAGGAAGUGAAAAGACAGAGAAGUGA